CUGUGCAACCGGGUUCUGCGAAGAGCGUGGCGCUAGAGGGGUGUCGCGUGGAGGAAGCGGUGGAGGGUGCAGCGCGUGGUUAAUAGGGUGUGAGGGACUCCGGAUCGGCGUCUCGGGCCUCAGCUCCAGCUCUACGACCAUGUGGACCGCCGAUGAGAUCGCUCAGCUGUGCUAUGCACACUAUGUCAGACUGCCCAAGCAGGGGAAGCCUGAGCCAAACCGGGAGUGGACUUUGUUGGCAGCUGUGGUGAAGGUACAGUCUCCAUCCAACCAAGCUUGUGACACCCCUGAUAAGGAAGUGCAAGUGAUAAAGGAAGUCGUUUCAAUGGGAACAGGAACAAAAUGCAUAGGCCAGUCCAAGAUGAGAGAGAGCGGGGACAUCCUCAAUGACAGCCACGCUGAGAUCAUAGCCAGAAGGAGUUUCCAGAGAUACCUUCUCCAUCAGCUCCACUUGGCGGCCGUCCUGAAAGAGGAUAGCAUCUUUGUUCCAGGGACUCAAAGAGGGCUGUGGAGGAUCAGACCUGGCCUGUCCUUUGUGUUUUUCUCUAGCCACACACCCUGUGGGGAUGCCUCCAUCAUUCCGAUGCUUGAGUUUGAAGAACAACCUUGCUGUCCUGUCAUCAGAAAUUGGGCCAACAACUCACCUGUAGAAGGGACUGAGAGUCUAGAGGAUUUUAAAAGUAAAAGGAACUGUGAAGACCCUGACAGUCCUGCAGCCAAGAAGAUGAGGCUGGGAACACCUGGCAGGUUGCCCUCCAAUUGCAUAGCUCACCAUGGGACACAGGAAAGUGGUCCAGUCAAACCAGAUGUCAGCAGUUCUGAUGUCAGCAGUUCUGAGCUCGCCAAGGAGGAGCUGGAGGCUGCCAAUGGAAUAGCUUCAAGUAGCUUCAAAGUGGUGGAUGUGCAUAGAACGGGAGCCAAGUGUGUUCCUGGAGAGACUGGAGACUUGAGAGAGCCAGGUGCCGCCUACCACCAGGUAGGGCUACUUCGUGUAAAGCCCGGCAGGGGAGACAGGACAUGCUCCAUGUCCUGCAGUGACAAGAUGGCAAGGUGGAAUGUCCUCGGAUGCCAGGGCGCACUGCUAAUGCACUUCCUGGAGAAGCCCGUCUACCUGUCAGCUGUGGUAAUUGGGAAGUGCCCAUACAGCCAGGAAGCCAUGAGGAGAGCGUUGACUGGCAGGUGUCAGGAGACCUUGGUUUUACCCAGAGGCUUUGGAGUUCAAGAACUGAAAAUAGAGCAGUCGAGUUUACUGUUUGAACACAGCCGCAGUGCAGUGCACAGGAGAAGAGGUGACAGUCCAGGCCGGCUUGUCCCUUGUGGGGCAGCUAUCAGCUGGAGUGCUGUCCCUCUGCAGCCUUUGGAUGUUACAGCCAAUGGUUUCCCUCAAGGAAUGACAAAGAAAGAAAUUGGAAGCCCUCGGGCCAGAUCCCGAAUCAGCAAGGUAGAACUCUUUAGAUCAUUCCAGAAGCUGCUGAGCAGCCUUGCAGAAGACGAGCAGCCGGACUCCGUCAGGGUACCGAAGCCGGAUACCUAUCAGGAGUACAAGGAGGCCGCGUCUGCCUACCAGGAAGCCUGGGGCACACUCCGGAGGACACCACCGUUUGCAGCCUGGAUCAGGAACCCACCCCACUACCACCAAUUUAAAUGAACUCCUGCUGGUAUCAGCCCCCUUCAUAUUGAGCUGCCUCUCCUUCAUGCUGAACAAACCUCUGCUUUUCUGGUGGUUAAAUCCAAGGAGAAAGAGGUGACUUCUCCCAGAGCGCUGCACCUCUCCUGUGUCAUAAAUGGAACCCAGAACCUCAGCAGUCUGUACUUGACUGGAGCACCUCCAUGCUAAAAUAGUCUCUCAGUACUGACCUUGGUCUCUGCCUUCAGCCGUGUUUUAUUGGUUCUUUACAAUACAAGGUCAGAUGCUCUUAAGGUAAUCUGCAGCAGCCCUGGUUUAUAACUUCCUACAUCGAUUCAGCAAGUAUGCAUUGGACUGAAAUCAUCUUAGAUUGUUGGAAACAGCCUCUCCUGGACUAAUGAAAAUUUAUUUCAUAUUCCCAGCCUUCCUUUGCGAGCUAUCAUUUCGCAGGCCUCAGCAACCUGACAUGGUUGGAGUUAGCUUUACCGUCAGGUUCAGCACUGGACUAGCCUUGGCUCAGCACAGGACUAACCUUGGAAAGCUCUGUUCUCAGACUUACCAAGAAAGGUUGGUUGGUUUAUUUGUGUUUUGUUUUUGAGACAGAGUCUCACUUUGUAGCCUAUGCUGUCCUUGGUUUCAGUCCCCCUUCAGCCUUCCAAGCCAAGAUUAUAGGCAUAAGCUACCAUCCUCUCCCCCGCUUCUCUCUCUCUCUCCUCAUCCUCCUACCUUUUGCUUGAGAUAGGAUCCCUUCUCUACUGCCCAGGCUGGCCUUGAACUCAACACACAGCCAAGGAUGUCCUUGAUCUUCUCACCUCUGCCUACUAGAGUCACACCAUAUUUUGCUUCCAGGACUCUCUUCUGGCCAGUGUCCUAAGGGCCAGUAUAAUCAUGUAACUGUCAGUAGCCGCCAUCUUUCUGCCACACAGAGACAGCCAACUGAGAAUGAAGGCAGCAAAGGAGGAAACAGCCAGUACAGCCAACACCCUGGGACCCAGCCUGCACCCAGACGCCAUGGGACACACGCAUGGCUUGACUGUCUCCAGUUAUUUACUCAUAGCAGGGGCCGCACCUGCUAUAGUGUCUGCGUGGUGGUAAGGACCUGGGUCAGCUGAGCAAUCUCACCAGGUCCCUACUGUUUGGAUUAAAUUGUUUUCUUUUUACUCAGUUCCCAAUGCCUUAAUGUCCUACAGCAAAUCAGCAAAAAACCCAGCAUCAAACCCUGUUUAGCUGUCACCUGAGAAAGAGCACUCAGCUUAACUCCCACCGUGAAUAACUGACUGGAAAUAGAAGCUCCGCUUGUUACUCAGUGGCACUGUGUUUUAUGGAGUUUGUUUCGUUUUGCUUUGGUUUGUUUUUCCAGACAGGGUUUCUCUGUGUAGCCGUGGCUGUCUUGAAACUCACUCUGUAGACCAGGCUGGCCUCAAACGCAGAGAUCUGUCUGUCUCUGCCUCCUGAAGGCUGAGAUUAAAGGUGUGUGCCACCAUGCAGGGGUCUUUUAUGAGAUUUUUAUAUUAUAAAGACUUGAAUAAAAUGUGAAGGAGUAACACUUUUUUAAA